AUGAAGACCAUCGUGUCGAUUGCGCUAUUCCUGACCUCCGUCUGGAUGGUUUCUGAGGCUGUCCAAGUUCAGGACGGAGAAUACUCCUUCUCAAUGGAAUCAGUCAUGGUCCUCCAGCAUUUGUUGGACGCCAGCUCGGCCACCCAGCAGCAAAACCCACGCCUGUUGAAGACCAGCAAUUCUGUAGUCUGUGCCAACCCAACCCUGCCACAAGAGUUCCUAAGCGUCUGCCAGAGAAGUGGCUCUAGCAUGGUCUUCUCCAGACUAGCUUCUGUGCCUGUGGAUAGAUGUGAAAUAUGUGCUUUCGCUGCCUGUACCGGCUGUUAG